CUGACGUCCCGAGCAGUGCUGGGAAGUAUAGGCUGUGUUGUCACGCCGGUGUCAGUCUGAUGAAGAUUGGCAUCAGGUGAAAUCUGGAGCAGGAUUCUGAGACUUCCCAUCCUCCAUGCUGCUCACUGGAAAAGGGGCUGUGAACUGUGCUCUGGCUUUUACUGACAGGAAGCUUUUCCGACCCAGCUGGAAGUGAGAAGAGGGGAGUCUCCUGGGGACCAUCCUAGAAGCUGCCGGGAUCACCCCCACAGUCCUCCAUGUGAAUCAAUCCCAUGAUGCAACAUGCCUCCCCAGCCCCAGCUCUGACGAUGAUGGCCACGCAGAAUGUCCCGCCCCCACCCUACCAGGACAGCCCGCAGAUGACGGCAACUGCCCAGCCACCCUCCAAGGCCCAGGCUGUCCACAUCUCUGCACCCUCAGCUGCUGCCAGCACACCUGUGCCCAGUGCCCCUAUUGACCCCCAGGCCCAGCUGGAGGCUGACAAACGAGCUGUGUACAGGCACCCUCUUUUCCCGCUCCUGACGCUGCUGUUUGAGAAAUGUGAACAGGCCACCCAGGGCUCCGAGUGCAUCACCUCCGCCAGCUUUGACGUGGACAUCGAGAACUUUGUCCACCAGCAGGAGCAGGAGCACAAACCCUUCUUCAGCGAUGACCCAGAACUGGACAAUCUGAUGGUGAAGGCAAUCCAGGUCCUGAGAAUCCACCUGCUGGAGUUGGAGAAAGUCAAUGAACUCUGCAAGGACUUUUGUAACCGUUACAUCACCUGCCUCAAAACCAAGAUGCACAGUGAUAACCUGCUCAGGAAUGACCUCGGGGGACCCUACUCCCCCAACCAGCCCUCCAUAAACCUUCACUCACAGGACCUCCUGCAGAAUUCCCCCAAUUCCAUGUCUGGAGUCUCCAAUAACCCCCAAGGGAUUGUGGUCCCAGCCUCAGCGCUCCAGCAGGGCAACAUCGCCAUGACAACCGUCAACUCACAAGUCGUGUCAGGUGGAGCCUUAUACCAACCGGUUACCAUGGUAACCUCCCAGGGUCAGGUGGUCACCCAAGCAAUCCCCCAGGGAGCCAUCCAGCUCCAGAACACGCAGGUUAACCUUGACCUCACCUCCCUCCUGGACAAUGAGGAUAAGAAGUCCAAGAACAAACGAGGAGUCUUGCCCAAGCACGCCACCAAUAUAAUGCGUUCUUGGCUCUUCCAGCAUCUCAUGCACCCCUACCCCACAGAGGAUGAGAAGAGACAGAUCGCAGCCCAGACAAACCUCACCCUUCUGCAAGUAAACAACUGGUUCAUCAAUGCCCGAAGGCGCAUCCUGCAGCCCAUGCUUGAUGCCAGCAACCCAGACCCUGCCCCCAAAGCCAAGAAGAUCAAGUCUCAGCACCGGCCCACCCAAAGAUUCUGGCCCAACUCCAUUGCUGCGGGCGUGCUGCAGCAGCAGGGUGGGGCCCCGGGGACGAACCCUGACGGUUCUAUCAACCUGGACAACCUGCAGUCCCUAUCCUCAGACAAUGCCACCAUGGCCAUGCAGCAGGCCAUGAUGGCUGCACAUGAUGACUCAUUGGAUGGGACAGAGGAAGAGGACGAGGAUGAGAUGGAAGAGGAGGAAGAGGAGGAGGAGUUGGAGGAGGAGGCCGACGAGCUGCAGACGACAAACGUCAGCGACCUGGGCUUGGAACACAGUGACUCCCUGGAGUAGCCGGGCAGCCCGGAUAGCACUGGUCGCUGAGCAGGACAGGAGUGCC